UAUCCUCCGGAUCAACCAAAUCAGGUGGUCGCUCGAUUCCGCAAAAUCCCCGAUCAGUAGGGUUUCAUAUCAUCAUCUCUUCCCUGCCUUGCUUGCUUCCUAAGGAUUAAGUCGCCCAGCUCGGUCCGUCUUCUCUCUAGCUGUUGACUGCGCAAGCUGCUUGCUUGAGGAGCAGAGUUUAAAAGUGGUUGAACUCUGUCAAGCACUGGUUAAAAAGCCACCCAAAUGAUGCCAGGUGUUUGCAUAAGCAGCAGCUUGGCAGCCUCUGCAAAUGGAGGGAGUUGUGGGGCUGUUACCAUGGUUAACAGUGAUGUACGACUUCUUUGUAAGAUCCCUAUGAACUCUGUGAUCAUUGGGCCAUCUCUACGGCGCCAGGAACUGCUGAGGUUACACCCCACCAGCUCGAGUAGAACAAGAAGAAUGAGUUCCCGGGUUAGAGCUACAUGGCCAUUCAGGAGCAAUGGCAAAGAGAUGGAUGUCAAUAUAGAGCGCAGUGAGGCUGCGAACGAGGACAUCUUGAUUUUCUUUUUUCAGUUGGACUUGGAGACUCGAAUCCAGUAUGCUUUAAACAUGGAACAAUAUGAAGCUGCUCAACAGUUAAGGAACAAACUUGAUGAGGUUGAAGCAGAAAUUAUUAAGCAACGGGAAGCUAAAAGGGGUUCAACAAAGAGUGAAGCUCAGGACAAGGCCAUAAAUCUAUUACGACUCCGUGCUGACAUGCAGAAAGCUAUAGAGGAUGAAAACUAUGCUGUUGCUGCUGAGUUGCGUGAUGAAAUAUCCAAACUUGAGACUGAGAUUCUAGCUGCAUCAGCAAAAGCUCUUGCUUAUGAGAACAUCCAAUAUGCAUUUCGUCUUGGGCAGAGAGUACGACAUAAAAAGUUUGGUUAUCGAGCUGUAAUUUGUGGCAUGGAUCCUGUAUGCUGUGAAUCAAGUUCAUGGAUGGAGAUUGCACAUGUUGAUAAGUUGCUUCAAGGGCGAAAUCAACCAUUUUAUCAGGUAUUGGUUGAUGUGCGUGCAGAUCCCAAUCUUCUAGUCGCAUAUGUUGCAGAAGAGAAUCUUUUAGCCAAUGAACAACCAGACAUGGACAGGUUUGAUCAUCCUUAUGCUUCCUUCCUGUUCUAUGGGAUGGACACCGCAGGUGACUUCAUCCCGAUAAAGCAACUCCGUGAGAAAUACAAUAAGCCGCGCCAUGAAGUUCCGGUGGACACGAGUGAUGAGGAUGCCGGCGGCAAUCUUUGAGCAAUGUUGCUGGGUUGUUGGGUUGCAGCCUAUCAUACAGGUUAUCAUCUGGCUAUAUGGUGGAAUUCUACCUUCAUCCAUGACCAAUACUUUGAUGUGGCUAGUGUUGUUCAGCUUCAUCUUCCUCCUUCCACCAAUACUAGAAGCUGUGCUUGGAAAAGUAAAAGAAAGGAUGGAUAGUCAGAGAGUUGUGUAGAUAUGUGCUAAUAGAAGCAUUGAAAUCAUAAUAGAAGCAUUGAAAUCAUAAAAAUUACUCCUAUUAGGUUUGCAAAGUUGCUGUUGCAGACUCUUGAUGACUUCA